UCCGCAAACCCAGCUCUAGUUGCCAAGUUGGAGCUGACUGAUGCCGAAGAGAGAGAGAGAAGACAGUCAUCUGUACCUCUUUGAAGACACUCUUAUCUCUUUAUCCACGAAACCAAAGAACAGAGACAGACAAAAUGAGAUAAGCACUCGAAGCCUCUCACCUCUUUCCUCGCUUCUCUUUAGGCUUAUUUGUCAGAGCAAAGACGAACUUACAAGUAGGUGAUGGCUACGGUUAGUCCUUCUUCUAUCAUCAGCAAAGCCUGGCUCAUUCCCGGAGCUGCUUUCACUGUGAAAAAGAAUGAUUGCUUCUCGCCUAAAGCUGGACAAAAGCAGACACCAUCAUCAACUCAGAGACUCUUCUUACCUCUUUCGACUUCGCUUAAGUUGUUUCCUACUCAGUUUGUGUUGCAUCCUCAUCGUAGUAGAGCAGCCACAGGGACUGAUGUUGUGGCGGCAACAGUAGAGGAACAAGACUCUCCUCCUCCUCCUGUUGCGGAUGAUGCAGCAGCUCCUACUACUACUACAACAACAUCUCAGUCAAGGGGAAGGAAGAGUGAAAUGCCUGCAGUUAAAAACGAGGAGCUUGUUGCUGGUGCUACCUUCACCGGUAAAGUACGAGCCAUCCAGCCCUUUGGUGCUUUCGUCGAUUUUGGCGCCUUCACUGAUGGACUAGUCCAUGUCUCUCAACUGAGUGACACCUUUGUCAAAGAUGUUGCUAGUGUUGUGACCAUUGGGCAAGAGGUUAAAGUAAGGCUUGUGGAAGCUGACAUUGAUUCCAAACGUAUUUCUCUUACUAUGCGUGAGAAUGACGAUCCUCCCAAACGCCAGCCCGGUGGUGGUGGGAAGAGGAAUGCUUCAAAGGAAGAUGGGUUCAGCUCAAAGUAUGUGAAAGGGCAGAUGUUGGAUGGAACGGUGAAGAAUCUAACGAGGUCAGGAGCGUUUAUAACGAUAGGAGAAGGUGAAGAAGGGUUUCUACCUACGAAUGAGGAAGCGGAUGAUGGGAUUGGGAGCAUGAUGAUGGGUGGUGGCUCUUCUUUGCAAGCUGGACAAGAGGUUAAGGUUCGUGUGUUGAGGAUAGCGAGGGGACGUGUUACUUUAACUAUGAAAGAAGAAGAUGAUGGUAAGUUUGAUGAAACGCUUAGUCAAGGGGCUGUGCAUACGGCCACGAAUCCGUUUGUGCUUGCUUUUCGAAAGAAUGAAGAGAUAGCUUCGUUUCUUGACAAGAGGGAAGAAGAAGAAGGGAUAGAGACCAAAGCUGAAGAUGGUUCACAGGAGACAGUAGAGCAAACUGAUAAACUUGCUGCAUCAGCUGAGGUUGAAGAGGUGGAGAAGACUGAGGAAACGCCAGAUGUUCCUUCAGUUCAAGAAACCAAAAAUGAAGAGGAAGUUGCUUGAGCAGCCUUGCAUUAAAGAUGACAGUGUCUUGGUAAAGGAUCUUGUGAAGCAAAUUGUGGCAACUCUUGUGGUGAAAACAGGGGGAGUAGAAAGCAUGCCUUGUUGGUCAAGCUGGUAACCAGAUGAAGAGGAAGUUGCUUGAGCAGCCUUGCAUUAAAGAUGACAGUGUCUUGGUAAAGGAUCUUGUGAAGCAAAUUGUGGCAACUCUUGUGGUGAAAACAUCAAAGUCAAGAGGUUUCUCAAGUUUACUCUUGGAGAAGACAACUGAUUGGAGUAAAAUCAGUUUUUUUUUUUUUCUAAAUGAGUUUCCUUUUUUUUUUUUCUAGACAAAAUCUUCUGUAUUCACCUUUGAUUAGAGUCUUUAAUCAAAAAGCUGUAAUUGUAUUGUUCAUGAAAAUAUAUGAUUGUGCCCAUAUGGGCUCAAAGCUCGGUCCA